AUGAAGGAGUGGACUGCACACACAGACACAGACACCUCUAGCACGCCAGAAUUUAUUGUGGUGCCCAAAACUACACAGCAAGCUAUGCAAGGCAAGUGCACAAGAAUCAUGAAAAAAGUACUAAGUAGGGAAAAAGAAGAUGAAGAUGGUCAAACAGCCAAUGGUUCAUCCUCUACAGAAGUUGGGCCAAGCAACAACAGUGGGGAGAAAGGCAUCACAACUAACAAUUUCUACAAGCCGACCGUGCUCACAGAUCAUGGAGGUGACUUGUUCCAACACGUGAAUGCCAAACUUCACCAGUUGGACAUACAGGAUGUCAACAGUGACCUUAUCCAACCCCAAAAGUGGUAUUCAGAACUUAGGCACAGAACUUUGGUCAUGGUUAGGGCCACAAUGUACACUUUCAAUUGGAAGGAGCAAUGGGUCUAUCAACUCAAUGCACACACUAUCUGCAUCCUGGAUGAGUCAAAGCUGGACAUCAAACCAUUGAGUCCACAGCUGAAUGGUUUCAACUUGGAAGCCUUGCAUUCCAAAUUGCAUGCAUCAAAUGCAAUGGCAGGGGUCCAAUUGGGCAAAAGAACGAGGGAAGAAUGA